AUGGGGUUUCUAGAAUUUAUCCAAAGACACACUUUCACACUCUACUUACUUCCUGUUCUUUGCUUUUGUGUGAUGACAGGGGAGUCGUAUGGAUAUGACACAUGCAUUGCAGACAGACUUUUGGACAAAAAAACGUCGAUUUGGAAAUAUGUGAACCCACAAACCCUCUCCGUCGCGACGUGUUUUUUGGUUGUUUUAUUUGCCAGUGUUAGAUACAACAAGCGAAUCACUAUAAUGUGUACUCCAAUCCUCGACUUUUUGAACUCAUUUGUCUUUCAUAGGUACAUGUACUUCAUUUUGUGUAUUAUGAAAAAGCCUAUGAAUGACGCAAAUUGUACUGUUGUAGCAGACAAAUACAACAGCAUCAGUGGACAUUACAUGACCCUCCUUUUCACGUUUGUUGUCCUCAUUCGACUGAUUAAAACAACUUCAAUUCAACCAAACACCAACUUCCAUUCCAUCUCUUUCAAAAACACUUCUGUCGCAGACCAAGGCUCUACUAUUAAAGGUCCAUUCGGCGAAAAGUGCUCAAUAUGGUCUUACAACACAAUGUCGACACAGUUCGUGCUUAGUGUCGGAACACUCUUUUGUUUUGUGUGUAUUUCGUACGUUUGUAUGGUUGACACACUCCGCCUUGGGUAUCAUACUGCACGGCAGGCUCUUUAUGGUAUUGUUUUUGGUAUUGUGGUGAUUUAUAUUUAUUACUUCCUUACUCAAUUGAAGCCGUUCUUCUUCAGUUUCGUGAACUUAAUUCUCUUCACAAUAUGUUAUCUGUGCUUUUCACUAUUUUACAAUAGACAUGUGCACUUCGACUUCUAUGUUGGACUUGCCGUCUUUAAUCUGCUCUUUGGAAUCAUCAGAGAGUCCGCCAAAGCAGAUUUAAACGAAUUUGAUGAGUAA